CAGGACGCGCACGCUCUGACGGCCAUUGGCAAACGGAAGGAUUUGCGUGCUCGCUGUCGAAGCCAAUCGAUGCGUUCCAAGCGGGCGCGAAUGGGACAAACGGCAACCUGAUAAAAAAGAGGGCGCGUGCCACUGACGUGCUGCACUGAAAACAGGAGACAGCGCGAGCGCAGUUGUGUGUGUGUGUGUCAGAGCAGGAGCCAGCGCGUGAGAAAGCUGACAGAGCCGCGACUGAGUGCCGAGGCUGACCAGUGCUGAAGAAGCAGGAAAGCAGAGUUUUUUUUGGAGAGUGCAUCAGAGUGUGUGUGUGUGUGUGGGGGUGUACGUGUGUCAGUGUGUGGGUGUGCGUGUGUGUGUGUGUGUGUGUGAGAGUAUCUCUCAGGAUGAAGAAAAGCAGGAGCACACAGGGGGUUACACUGGCUGAUGAGAAUAAGGAGGCUCCCGUGGAACUGUUUGCCACAGCCAACACUCUUGGAGUAGAGGCGUACCGAGUCCACAGGCGCUUUUCUGGCAAUCUGCAGCUGCCCCCGUUGUCAUGGCGACAAGCAGAAAAGGAGAGGGACAGGGGCAGGCCACUCUCACCCGAAGAGAGUCCAGUGACCCGGACCAGACCCACAAGUCUGCCCAUCGCCUCCCUGCCCCGCAUCGACAUCACACAGGCUGAUCCGGACAGCUUCGAAGUGGACAAUGGUCCACAGUUGCUGUGCUGUAGUCCGUCAGACCCACAGGCCUCACCGGGUUCAGGUCUGGCCCUACACCCCCAUACUCAGCGCAGAGAGUCCUUCCUUUACCGCUCUGACAGCGACUACGAUCUGUCACCGAAGUCGCUGUCACGCAACUCGUCUAUUGUUGGAGAACUGCACGGAGAGGACUUGAUUGUGACUCCCUUUGCUCAGGUUCUAGCAAGCCUUCGGACCGUAAGGAACAACUUCACCACCUUGACAAAUGUGCAAUGUGCAUCUCAUAAGAGGUCUCCUGCUGCAUAUCAGCCCUCUGUCACCAAAGUCUGUCUCUCAGGUGAGUGUACUCUAUAGUCUCUUAGUACUGUACUCUGCACGACAACAUAAUUACACCCUCACCAGAGGCAAAGAUUCUGGGAAACAUGCCCAACUGUUAUGCGCAUGUGUGCUUUCGCUGCACGUCUGCAGCUCCUUUUCUAUUAUGGUUGCUAAGAGGUCAAAGGCCAAGAUUGGCUGCUGGUGGAAGGAGAAGAAUGCAAGAUUAAAAGAUUGUGAUCGACCCAACUAUAAAUACACCACUGACAGUAUUCUUCCAUUGUGUUAAUCCCAGUACGUGCAGCUUUUAUGCACUAAACUCCGAGAUAAAAAUCUAAAAACCUAUUUUCUCACACUCACAGCGGCGUACAGAGAGUUACUCGACCGGCACUUGUGCCGCAGGUGAAAGAGUGUGGUUUUGCACUCAUCGUGCACAUUUGAUGUAUGAAAAGUUGUGCAAAUAUUCGUUCCCGAGAAACCUUUUGCAGAUCCGUCAUUUCCUAUGAAAAUGUCGAUGUAAAUUAUCUAGAUAUUAACUAGAUGGCUUGUUAGUUACACAUGCAAAUAUGAACUCUAAUCUAAUUCAAUGAUGCGGGAAACACUUGAAAAAAUAAAGAACCCACAUUCAUUUUACAAUUGGACAAAAGGAAUGAAAGAGUGUGAGUGUUACUGAGAGAGAUUCAAUGGUCUGGACUGAGAUCAGGUAAAAGGAGGGAUUGGAUAAAUGAAAGAAGGGAAGGACGGAGGUGGGGAUAUUAGUUCCUGCCGCUCUGGUUCUUCAAGCCUGAUUUACGUCAGCACAGCCUGCACAUGGUUGCACUCCACUUCCUAUCAGCACAAACGUGCUGUUGGGAGUGUCCCGCAGCAGGAAAAAAUACAAGUCAAGUGUGAGUCUCUUAUUGUCUUUCCUCCUCCUCCACAGUUCUCACAAACCUUGACCUGAACCAAAUAAUCACUGAUGAGUGAAACCAUGCCACAAGUACAGUCACUCAUGACGUUUGUGGAAGAUAAAUUGAGGAAAACAAAUGCGGCAGCUUCUGUCUUAAUUAUCUGGAAAUUGCGUUUAAACUGUGUCCCAUCACAAAGCGCCGCCGCCAUCCCAGACAUACGUACAAAGAACAUAAGAGUACACCUGCCACUAUAUAAUGGUGAGGUUCACAUUGUUCAUAUGGCAAUUAACAGUAUCACACACGCACAGAUGCCGUCAUAUCCUCGUUUGUGCUUCUUUCUGUCUCAUUUUCGUCAACUCUUUGUCAGGAAAGGGGAGACCAGAUUUUUCCUGUUUUGCAUCUCUGUUUUUCAGUGAGGCACUUUUAUUCCCACUGGUGGAAACGCUACAGUACCUGCGUCUGUCUGGGCAUGAGCUCAACAUAGCUGGCAGGGAGGGAUCUCUGUGAAUCUUUUAAAAAAACAAA